UGUAGGAAACUGUUUAGAUGCGGUUUGAGAGGUUAUAAAUUAUGAAGUUAUUUGCUGAUUCGCGAGCUGUUAUCGAAAAAAGUUCAAAGAUAUUUAAAUGCUAUAAUAAGCUUGAUAGAUUGGCUACAGGUUUGGAGAGAAUUCGGAAGAUAAUCGAGCCAACGAGAAGCACGCAAACCGGUAGAAAACUACGAGCUGCAGUACUGCAUGGACCAUGUAAUUUGAAAUUAGACGACAUUCCUGAAAAGGAGAUUCAGCAAACACAGGUUCGCGUGGACGUACAUUUCUGCGGACUCACCGGAAGCGACGUACUCCUUUGGCGCGGCGAACAUCGCAGUACUCCGAAAACGACGAUGAUCCUCGGUUUUGAGGUGUCGGGCACGAUCCUGGAAAUGGGCAGAUUAGCACACGAGCAAACAGGUUAUCAGAUGGGCGAGGAAGUCGUCGUGCACAAUUAUCCCGUCUGCGGCGGCCUGGCCGAGAGCUGUCUGGCUCAUUACAGAGACGUGUUUAGAUUAAUGAGACGGGUGUCUCUGAAAAACGCGGCAGCCGUCACGGACGAUUAUUUCUCGGCGUUAUUGGCGAUUGGCCGUCGAGCACGUCUCCAAAGAAACGAGUGUCUCCUCGUUAACGCGAAACACUCGCGUUCUGCUCUCGCUGUCAUCGAUCUCGCCACACGAGUCUUCGGAGCGAAGCCGAUAGCUAUAUGUGACGAUGCAAGACGAGCCCAGUUAUGCGCGGAUCUCGGCGCGACAGUAAUAUGCAGAAAUAAACGUUGCCUACCGUACAAGUUGAAGAAAAUCGGCGGAAAGGAAGAAGUGCGCGUGAUGAUCGAGACCGAAGGCGGGCCAUGCUUUCAGAACGUUGUCAAAUGCUUAGAACACGAUGGUCUGAUUGCUGUCCUCGGUAGUGCGCGAAAUAAACGAUCUCUCGACUUUUCCUUUGUGCCAAUCAACUGCAUGAUGUUUGCAGUCGCUGCGGAGCAUUACAAAAUUGCCGACACAUUGAUAUACAGAGAGACUAUGCAGCAUGUGUUGGACUAUAAGUCGGAGUGCGCAAUUCGUCCUCGGAUCUCGGCGAUCUUCGGUCUGAAUCACAUCAAUGAUGCGUUCAAUUAUUACGCAGCGGUGCCGAGUGGGAAAGUGUUGAUCGACUUGAAAGAUCGUGAUCGGUUGACCUUAUGCGAUGAAUCUUAA